AUGCCCGUGUGGUGCUGCCGCUGUUCCCUGGCCGCUCAUUUCAGAAACUACAGUGACACUGAAACUGAAGGAGAGAUUUUUAAUUCAUUAGUGCAAUAUUUUGGUGAUAAUUUGGGGCAAAAAGUUAAAGCUAUGCCAUUAGUUGAAGAAACUUCUUUACUUGAAGAUUCAUCAGUGACUUUGCCUGUGGUAGUAAUAGGAAAUGGACCCUCAGGAAUCUGCCUUUCUUAUAUGCUGUCAGGCUACAGACCGUAUUUAUCAUCAGAAGCAAUCCAUCCAAAUACAAUCUUACAUAGUAAAUUAGAGGAAGCAAGACAUCUUUCCAUUGUUGAUCAGGACUUAGAGUAUUUGUCUGAGGGCCUUGAGGGUCGAUCAUCCAAUCCAGUUGCAGUACUUUUCGACACACUUCUUCAUCCAGAUGCUGACUUUGGGUAUGAUUACCCAUCUGUUUUGCAUUGGAAAUUAGAACAGCAUCAUUAUAUCCCUCACUUAGUUCUUGGUAAAGGUCCACCUGGUGGAGCUUGGCAUAAUAUGGAAGGCUCAAUGUUGACAAUCAGCUUUGGAAAUUGGAUGGAGCUACCUGGACUUAAAUUUAAAGACUGGGUAUCUAGCAAACGAAGGAACCUAAAAGGGGAUCGAGUUAUGCCAGAGGAAAUAGCUCGCUACUAUAAACACUAUGUCAAAGUCAUGGGUCUUCAGAAGAACUUCAGAGAGAACACUUAUAUUACCUCUGUAUCAAGACUCUACAGAGAUCAAGUUAAUAAUGAUGGUCAAGGCAGAAAUGUCUCAACACAGCAUUUACAGAUAGAGAAGUCAAAAUUUACCAAGAGAAACUGGGAAAUCAGGGGUUAUCAACGAGUAGGAGAUGGUUCUCAUAUUCCCUUCUGUCUCUUUGCUGAAAAUGUAGCCCUGGCAACUGGAACAUUAGACUCUCCUGGCCGCCUGGAAAUCGAAGGGGAAGAUUUUCCUUUUGUGUUUCAUUCAAUGCCUGAAUUUGGAGCUGCUGUAAGCAAAGGAAAGUUGCGUGGCAAAGUGGACCCAGUGUUAAUUGUAGGUUCUGGGCUUACCGCAGCCGAUGCGGUACUGUGUGCUUACAACAAUAAUAUCCCUGUGAUUCAUGUAUUUCGCAGACGAGUAACUGAUCCAGAUUUAAUUUUCAAGCAGCUUCCCAAAAAGCUUUACCCAGAAUACCAUAAAGUCUAUCAUAUGAUGUGUACUCAGUCAUAUUCUUUAGACUCAAAUCUUUUAUCUGAUUAUACUAGUUUUCCUGAGCACCAUGUGCUUGCCUUUAAGUCAGACAUGAAAUGCAUUCUUCAGAAUAUCUCUGGACUGAAAAAAAUAUUUAAGCUCUCUGCAGCAGUAGUGUUGAUAGGCUCUCAUCCCAAUCUGUCCUUCCUGAAGGAGCAAGGGCGUUACCUGGGCCAUAACUCAAGCCUGCCAAUCACAUGUAAGGGUAAUCCUGUGGAAAUAGAUGCGUAUACCUAUGAGUGUGUUAAAGAAGCCAACCUUUUUGCGUUGGGUCCAUUGGUUGGAGACAAUUUUGUUCGGUUUUUAAAGGGAGGGGCACUGGGUGUUACACGCUGUUUAGCUAUAAGACAGAAGAAAAAAAAGCAUUUAUUCGUUGAAAGAGGAGGAGAUGGCAUGGUGUAG